GGGUGGACCACCCCCUCCUCCCCCUCCCCCAGGUAUGGGAGGACCGCCCCCUCCUCCCCCUCCCCCAGGUAUGGGUGGACCACCACCCCCACCAAUGAUGGGAAUGAGACCUCCUGGUCCUGCCUCCCCAUUCACCCCACCCCCUGCACAACUACCCCACGGGAUGAAGAUGAAGAAGAAAUAUGCUCCAGAGAAUCAGAUGAAAAGAGCAAACUGGAACAAGAUCAAUGUGAAGAAUCUUUCCGAAGAUGCAUUCUGGGUAAAAGCAAACGAAGAAAAGCUAGAGGACCCUGACAUCUUUAAAGCUUUACAGGAAAACUUUGCUUCUAAAGUCAUUUCUAAGAAAUUGGAUCUUGAUGGUGCUAAGAAACCGGCCAAGAAAGGAAAAGAUCUCAGAGUUUUGGAUAUGAAAGCCUCUCAGAAUCUGUCAAUUAUGUUGGGAUCGAUGAAGAUCUCAUAUCUUGAGAUCAAACGUCGUAUAAUGGAAUUAGAUGAGGAACACCUUAGUUCUGAAAUGCUUGAAUCCUUAAUCAAAAACAUGCCAGAACCAGACCAGAUGAAGAAACUUGCAGAGAUUCCCAAAGAGGAACAUGCUGAUCUGGGAGAGGCAGAACAAUUUGCAGUAAUUAUGUCCAGCAUCAAGAGAUUACCUCCAAGAUUGAGGUCUAUUACGUUCAAAUUACAAUUCUCAGAGCUUGUCGCAGACGUAAAACCUGACAUAGUUGCUGUAACGGCAGCCUGUGAGGAAGUUAAACAAAGUGGCAAAUUCUCAAAACUUCUUGAACUUAUACUACUGAUGGGCAAUUACAUGAAUGCAGGCUCAAGGAAUGCUCAAUCUUUAGGAUUUGAGAUGAACUAUCUUACAAAGCUGGCUAAUACAAAGUCUGCUGACAACAAAACUACCUUGCUGCAUUUCCUUGUUCAGACAGUAGAGGAAAAAUACCCUGAUAUUAUGUCUUUCACUGAAGAAUUAAUCCACAUAGACCAGGCAGCUAGAGUGUCUGAGGAGACUGUUGUUAAAAGCUUGAAGAGUAUGGAGAAGAACAUCAAAGAUCUUGAGCUGGACCUCAAGAACUAUAAACAACAAUCAGACAAUGACAGAUUCCAAGAGGUCAUGGGGAAUUUUGUAAAUGGUGCCAAAGAACAGGUGGAAGUACUUUCAAGUAUGCAUAAGAAGAUGGAGCAGUUGUUCUUACAGAUGUCAAAGUUCUACACUUUUGAUCCAAAAAAAUAUGGCAUGGAAGAAUUCUUCGGGGAUUUGAAGGCCUUUAAAGCUAGUUUUAUAAAAGCUGGUAAAGACAAUGCUAAGCUGCGUGAAACCGAAGAGAAAAUCCGACGUGCCAAGGAAGCAAAGGAACGAUCGGAUCGGGAGAAGAAGGAAAAACAGAUGAGGAAAAAGGCCAUUGUGGAUAUGACGGCGGACGACGACCAAGAAGGGGUCAUGGAUAACUUGAUGGAGGCCUUGAAGACAGGAAUGGCGUUCAAUGUCAACAGGACGCGCGGAGAACGACGAACCCCAAGAGCUGCGGGAGCGGAGAGACGGGCCCAAUUGGCGAGAUCGCGUUCCAGACAAAAUGUCUUGAGUCCCGAUGCCUCUAUGAACGUUAGUUCAGAAAUGAACUUUGAUGAACUUGGAGCAAGUCCUGCUAAUGUAAGACCAAAACGUACCCGUGUUCCAAGAAAUAGCGCUUCUUCAAAUUAUGACCGGGAAAGACCAUCGCCAGAAAAAGUCCAAAUAAGUAAUGGCGGCACUGGUGACACAGAGGCUGAUGAUUUGCUACGACGAUUGCGAGAAUUAUAAAAUUCCGGGAUGUCAUGAAUUUAUGCCAAAUGUUGAAUUUUACGUUAUCAUAUAUUCCAUCUUUACAAAACCAAUGUAAAAGAAUGUAUAGUACUGUUAACAUAUUUUAUAAUGAAUGAAACUCUAUAUAUACCGAUUUAAUUUUCAUUGACGUAUUGGAAGCCAAAUAAAAUCAUUAUGUUUGUAUAUCAUAAUAUUACUGUCCAAAAUAGCAUAGUAAUAAAAAGGGUUAAUAUUUUCCAUGAAAUUUUUAAUGAAAUAUUAAUAACUACCGUACUAUACAUGUAUUUCAAUAAUAUACAAAAUAAAGCAUUAUGUUUUUUCAUACAGGCUAAUAUAAUAUUAUACAUUUGUUAUAAAUUCAUUUCUUCUUUGCCAAAGAUCCUAGCUAUUAUUGAAACCUUAAGUUAAUUAUAUUCAGUAGAUGUAUUGUGUACAUAUCAUUGAAGCUUGUGUUUCAAUCAUAAAGGGAAAAAAUAUUACACAAAAUGAUAUUGUAAAAUUGCAGUACAGAAUUAAUCCAUUCCUUGCAGAUACAAAACAACUGGUAUAUUUUAUAUGUAAAUAUCAGAAUUUUAGUUUACUUUUGGCAUCAUAGGAGGGAGAAUAAGAUAAUAUUACGAUUUUUGUAAAAUUUAUACUGGUUUGGCAAUAAUAUUGGCGAUAAUAAUAUAACCAGGUGUUAUCACCAAAAGUGUUUCAUAAAAGCAAGGCAUAUGGCUAUCAAAAAAAAAAGUUUUUCAAAAUUGUACCUCGGAUGACCUUUCAAGCCCAUGUAUGCCAUUUUCAUUUUACGACAAGCUUUAUCAUAUUGUUGAUUGUAUCAUAGUGUUUAAAUACGGAGACACAGUCCGAAUACAGAUUGAUUUAGGCAGAUCCAACAUACUCAUGGGAAUGCCACCCAUAGGAGAAAAACAAAUGCAUUAUGACAUCAUAAUGUUGAAUUUUGAAAAGAAUAAUUCACAAAUAUUUACAUCAGAAAUCUG